AUGCCUCACCAUCACAAGAAGACCGCAAAUGCCUCGAAGAACGCCUCUCCCCGGGCGGAGAAGAAACAGAUAUUCCCGGACGCUGUGCCCUUUACAUCACCUGUAAUAGCUCCGACGAAUUACCAUGAAAUACACCAGAACGAGGUUGAGGCACUACGCUCAAUCUAUGGCGACGACUUCGAAGAGGUGCAGCACCGGCGGUCUGUCUGGCAUCAAUCGUCGGAGUUUAUGUUCAAGCUCCAUUUACGUGCCUCCUCCAACUCCGAUGUACAUUUAGAAUUGCUCGUGGAGCUGCCCACUACAUAUCCUAAGACAUGUCCAAAUAUUACUGCCGAAAACCUGGAAGACCUUCGCCGAGGCGCGCAGUCGAGGAUUCGAGAUAUUCUCCGAAAUAAGCCCCAAACUCUUCUGGGGUCAGAAAUGAUAUACGAACUGGCGGUUUCGAUUCAGGAUAUUCUCGAAGAUGCGGCCGAAGCUCAAGCCCAGGAUCAGGACCUUCCAAGUUUGGAGGAGGAGCGGAUAGUGCAAGAAGCUGCAGCAAACGAACGAGCGGAGCGUGAAAAGGAGGAAGAACUUCGAAAGCAACAAGCGGCUUCGGCGAAGGAGGAACUAGAACUGAAACGGCUGGUACAAGAUGCAAUAACCAAGCGAACAAAAGCACUAUCACGUCGGAAAAGCAAAACACCUGGGUUAGAAACAGCUGGUGACGCCGAGGGUCUGGUUAAUUUACCAGGGGCAAUCUCAUUUGAUCCACCGUUAGUAAUGACGGAUGCAGAGGAGGGUUCUUUGGUGUUCCGAGCAGUGUACGGGAAGUCUUUGUUAAAAAGUGACCAUGGUGCAAGCACAUUUAUAGUGAGACCUGUGAUUUCAGAGACCCGGCCAUGUGCCCCCCUUCUGGUAUUAAAGGAACUGUCUAUUAGUGAAAAGGGAGCUGAUACUCUACCUUUUCGCGAGCAAAUGCGGCUGAGUGAGGAUAGGCUUGAAGGUCUGAAGAGACUCCGACACCAGAAUCUGGUUGACUUCAUUGGGUUCAAGAUCCUCACACCAUUAUAUACCAGCGACUCCAAAGACAGCACGUGGACUGUAUAUGCACUGGUUGAGCACGCGAACAAGGGGUCUCUUUCCGAGUUUCUAGACAUGGUUGGAACAGUACCAGUCGAAAUACUCCGUAGCUGGACAAUCCAACUUCUUGAAGCGCUCGAAUAUUAUCACCGGCAUGGCUUUGUUCACGGGGACAUCCAUUCUGGACGUGUUUUGUUAUUCAGAAACCCUAGCGGUGGUACGAUAGUGAAGCUGCUCUCAAGCAUUAAAGAAGCUCUACCCGAUCCAGCUGGAAACACACGUUCUCUCACAACCUCCAAGUCACCAUUUUGGCUCCCCCCAGAGCUAACCCAGGGAAGCUCUUCUCCAACAAUGAAGACUGACAUUUGGGACCUUGGGAUAGUCUUUCUUCAGAUGGGCUUCGGGAAAGAUGUGCUUCAACGGUAUACGUCCGCAAAUGCGUUAACGGAUAGCCUUGACUUAUCGCCGCCGUUACAAGAUUUGCUGCAGGAGCUUUUUAGGCCAAAUCCAAAGAGAAGGCCAACAGCUUUUCAGUUGCAGCCUUCCGAAUUUUUCCGAGUUGACAGUCCAUUGAUCAUGCGCACGAGCGCCUCGAACUCCAUGUCGCUGUCACGGCGCCCACGUCUUGAGUCAUUCAACGGCGGUUUCCCUUCAUUCUCACGCUACCACCAAGAUUUCGAUGAGGCUGGGCGAUUGGGUAAAGGUGGCUUUGGCGAGGUCGUUAAGGCACGGAAUAAACUAGACGGUCGUUUCUAUGCCAUCAAGAAAAUUUCACAUAAAUCUGCCGCUACAUUGAAAGAUACACUAUCAGAAAUCAUGCUCUUGUCGCGCUUGAAUCAUCCGUACGUUGUGCGCUAUUAUACCGCCUGGCUUGAGGAAGAUUAUGAUCAAAGAGAUGAUGAGGCUAUCUCGUUCACCGACGGGAAUUCCGUUGUCAGUACACACUCGGGGGAUUUUGAGUAUAGUACCACUGGCGGGCUUGAUUUCAUCAGUUCGAGCGGGUACCCCAACAUAGAGUUCGCUGCAGACAGUGAUAAUGAGGACGCUGGAACAGUGUCUACCAAAGAAAAAGGCUCCACACCAGAGACGUUUGGAACGGAGAGUGGAACGGGCAAGGAACUUAGCCGCGUGAGAUCGGGCUCGCAGAGCAGACCCAUGCUUACUGCACUGUACAUUCAAAUGGAAUAUUGUGAGAAACAUACUCUUCGGGAUCUUAUAAAAAACGGCUUAUAUGACGAUGUCGAUCGGUCCUGGCGUUUGUUCCGCCAAAUUCUCGACGGAUUGUCUCAUAUCCAUGGAAAUGGGAUUAUCCACCGCGACCUCAAACCUGAUAACAUUUUCAUAGAUGCAGCCAGCAACCCGCGUAUUGGAGAUUUUGGGUUAGCCACCAGCGGCCAGUUCACCACUGCGGUGCGCUCUUCUGCAACGGUGGAUUUCGGGGGCAAUCUUACUCGAAGCCUAGGCACCACCUACUAUGUAGCACCCGAGAUGAAGUCAGGGUUUUCUGGGCACUACAAUGAGAAGGUUGAUAUGUACUCACUGGGGGUUAUUUUCCUCGAAAUGUGCCAUCCGUUACCGACGAAUAUGGAACGUGAUCAAAUUCUGCGGAGUAUUAGGGAAAGACAUCAUAUUCUUCCAAGUACAUUCCGAGACCCCGAGAAAGUGGUUCAGGGCAAGAUUAUUGAAUCUCUCCUGAGCCACAAUCCAGCCGAACGACCUUCUGCGUCAGAGUUACUGCACAGCGGUCAGAUUCCACUUCAGGUCGAGGAGGAAACUUUCAGGCGCGCGAUCAUGCAUCUACUCUCCGAUCCAAGCUCUCCCGACUACAGGAAGAUUCUGACUGCAAUAUUUUCCCAAUCCCCAAAGAAGAUUGAAGACAUCGCCUGGGACAUGGAAUCACGUGGAGCCCCAGCGGCAAACGAGCUUCUUGUGCACGGUCUGGUCAAGGAAAGACUUACAUCAAUUUUCCGCAAGCACGGCGCGGUAGAAACUACGAGACAGAUGCUGUUUCCGAAAUCCCAGCACUAUAAUAGUGGUGAUGUGAGGCUUCUUGAUGCUUCGGGAAAUAUGCUUCAAUUACCAUUUGAUCUAACACUCCCUAACGCGCGUGCAAUUCCUCGACAAGAUCCUUCACUAGAAAAGACCUUCACUUUUGGAACCGUUUAUCGAGAUACUCCUCAUGAUGGCGAGCCCAGGACUCAUAAAGAAGUAGACUUCGAUAUUGUCUCCCGCAAUACCUUGGACCUCGCCUUGAAGGAAGCAGAAGUGAUCAAAGUUCUUGAUGAAAUCAUCCAAGAAUUCCCGCCAUUAAGAGCUAGUCCAAUGUGUUUCUUGAUAAACCAUUCCGACUUGCUCCAGCUUAUCAUGGAAUUUUGUCGCAUAAAGCCUUCCCAGGUUCCAUUGGUCAAAGAAGUAAUGAGCAGACUCAACGUCGGCAAGUAUUCAAUGCAGAAAAUUCGAAGUGAGCUUCGCUCGCCUGCAAUCGGUGUUGCGUCUACGUCAAUUGAUGAACUUGCUAGAUUUGAUUUUCGAGACACGCCAAAGCAAACCCAAAAGAGGCUGCGGUCCAUCAUGGAAGGCACUGAGUUCUCCGAGAGGUUAACGCCGAUAUUCGCGAGGAUUAAUUCUCUGGUUACUUUUUUGCAGAGCUUUGAAGUGAAACGGAAGGCGUACAUUAGCCCUCUAGGAAGUCUGAACGACAAAUUCUUCCGGGGAAGCAUACUAUUUCAGUGUAUAUUCGACGGCAAAAGACGCGAUGUCUUUGCAGCUGGGGGCCGGUAUGACUCCUUGGUUCAAGAUUUCGGCUCAGGAGUUACGACAAACCGCGCCCAGUCUCAUGCUGUGGGUUUCAAUUUGAGUUGGGACAGGCUUAGUUCCGCGAUGAUCGACUAUCUCAAAGCACCUACCAGGACAUCCCUUAAGCAGCCAGAAACCGAGGUCGGAAAUUUCUGGAAAACGAGAAGAUGUGAUGUACUCGUUGCGAGUUUUGAUCCAACGGUCCUGCGCGAGAUCGGUGUCAAACUGACUCAGGAUCUCUGGUCCAACGAUAUCAGUGCGGAAUUGGCAGUUGAUGCGUCGUCACUUGAAGAGCUCCUUGCAAAAUACAAAGAGCAUAACCAUAGCUGGAUCGUGAUUGCGAAACAAGAUAGCAAAGAGAGAGGGUUCAAAGUUCGCUGCCUUGUGCCAAAGGAAGAAUUUGAUAUACGGGCGUCCGAGCUUGUACCUUGGCUUCGAAGCGAGAUUCGUGCACGCAAUAUCCGCGAGGGGGCACCGGAAAACUCGCGGUAUUUUCGCCUCCCCAGCCAGUCGGAAGCUAACCCAGGCGCGAGUGAGCGAGCAAAUGAUGUGCGCAUCCUCGUCCCACAACACCGAAGCAAGAAGACAAACCGGAGGAAUAUUGUCGAACAAGCUCUUACGCGUUCGCGCGAGGUAGUUGAAAAGGCACUUAAUGGCCCGGUUGCUGCCAUUGACACUCGUGACGAUUUGCUCCAAGCAAUCAGGGAUACCCGCUUGUCUGAUCAUGACAGUUGGCGUGGAGUCAUACAAAAUGCGCCGCUAACCGAGCGGAAAUAUCUGAAUCAAGUUCACGAAUUACUCUUAGACCUGGCAAACGAAAGUCGGGGAGAAGGCGCCGAAAGUUCUGGCAACGCUUUCAUCUACAAUUUCCGGACAGGGUCAUGUUUAUACUACGAUUUGGGAAGCGGAGUUGACCAUUGAGAAAGCAACAUGGCAGGUGGGAAAUAUAUGCAGUAUGCGAUAUGUGUCAUGCAUUUGAAUGUUAUUCAGCGCGAUAUAUGGGUUUUAGCAUCUCAUCCCAGUGAUUUCCGAACGAAUUAUACCCCAAACUCUCAACUCAGCUACAAGAGAGAAAACGAUGAAUCCAGGUAUCUCUGAUAUUAUACAUGUAAAUGAAAUA